GAGAGGAAGGGAGAGCACAGUGAGGGGACCGCAAGUUGCGGGAGGAGGCGGAGUCGCCGGGGGCCCCACACCCAGCAGCCUGAACAGAAAGUGCAGUCAGAAAGGGGGUGGGCCUGCAGGCUUGCCUGUUCAACCCGAGGAGGUGUGCAGUCCUGGACUUUGGCUCUUCAGAAAGCUUUUGCCCGCCCCAACCCCACCCCAUCUCCCAGCAUUUCGUCUCCGAACCUCUCACACAGCUGCCGUCAGCCCAGUCCUGGGACUAAGAGAGUUCAAGACCGGCAGCCCUAUGCUUCAUGUGCAGAGCCUGGCAUGAGGGGCUACCUCUUCCUGCUACCUGUCUUCCUGGCCAUCUGGGCUGCUGUUAGCAUCUGGACCGUUUUUGCGAUCGCCGUGGCCAACAGGUCUGUGAACCUUACGGAAGGCGUCCCCUAUAUCAGUCUCUGUGGAUCGUACCCCCCUCAGAGCUGCAUCUUCAGCCAGCUGCUAAACAUGGGAGCUGCUAUGGCUGCCUGGAUCUGCAUUCUCCGCUACCACCAGCUCCGGGAUUGGGGCGUCAAAAAGUGGCUUAACCAGGUGAUCCUGUGGUCGGGACUCCUCUGUGCCCUGGGCACCUCCGUGGUGGGCAAUUUUCAGCAAAAGAAUCAGCAGGCCACCCACCUGACAGGGGCCUUCUUUGCCUUCUUCGUGGGCCAUGCCUACUUCUGGCUGCAGCUCCUUCUCUCCUGGAGGAUGAAGAAGAGCCUGCCCCAGCCCGGGACCCCUUGGAUCAGGCCACUCCGCUUGGUCCUCUGCAGCCUCUGCACCAUCCUCAUGGUGACCAUGGUCAUCCUCCACACCAGCCGCCGACGCUCUGCUGCUGCCGUCUGCGAGUGGGCCGUCGCCAUGCUGCUCUUUGUGCUCUUCGGCCUCUUGGCUGUGGACUUUUCCGAGCUACACCGCUGCACCCUGUGCCUCCAGUCGGGCCCCAGCCUCAGCCUUGCGCCCACCUCCCCGGUCUCCCCUGAGGCCCAGUCAUCGUCCCAGCUCUUCUGACCCAGGUCUUGCCCUCGGGAGCAGAGGGAAAAGAAGCCAACCCUCCGGAUCCCUCCACGACUCCCCAAGAUGGGGAUGAACCUUUGGGGACAGGCCUUCGGGGAUGAACUGUCGAGAACAAACCGUCAGGGAUGAACACUGAAGAACAUGCCCUCUCUGCCCCACCGGGAACCUAGUGCAGUGUGGCGGGGCUGAAACCUGGUCCACUGGCAUCUUUUGUGUCUUUCAGCCGCUGCCAUCUGGCCCCACCCCCUGCACUCAGGGCCACCCAGGAAGCGAGAGGCCACGGCCAGCCAUCCAUCCCUGAUCAAGGAUAUUUAUUUUUGUUAUUA